AUUCAACGGAACUUGGCAGAUCAACCAUGAAUCUUCCGUUAACCUUGAUAUUUGUUUCUGUUCUAAUAUCACUGGUCUCGUCGCUUGGAGAACUUCCUGAAAAUACAGAAUCUGCUGAAGAUGCUGCAUUUGUUCUGAACUCAGGAGAUUUUAGAAGGGAUGAAGGGGAAGAUGUCACAGUUAUUGAUGGUCCAACUCCGCCAUCUGUAGUUGCUGCUCCACUAGAUCCACUUCCAGAAAUGAGCAUUCCAGUUGCAAGACCACCAGGUUUCCGUCCACCCCCUUCUUUCAAAUCAAAAAAGGAUUCUGGGGAGCAUGCGGAGCCGUCAAAUGUUGGGUUCGUCGUUCGUCGUGGUCGAGCAAAAGUUAUGGGUUUCUCCAGGAGGAAGUCUGAAUCUACAGACUGAUUUUUAUUUAAUUUUUUUACUUGUGUUUGCAACUAUUGAAAAAGAUUUUUGAAAAAGUGUUAUACAAUAACAUAUGUAUGCCUGAUUUUUGAUCAGAUAGCAAUAUUUGCAUCUUUGUGAACUAUCAUAAAUCUUGCCCAU